AAUUACCACUAAACUCAGUAAGAUGAGAGCUCUCCUUGUGAUUUGUGCCCUAGCUCUGGCGGCAGUCGCCACCCAGGCCCGAACGAUGGAUAGGUGUUCCCUGGCCAGGGAGUUGUCCAACCUGGGCGUUCCCCGCGACCAGCUGGCCAAGUGGACCUGCAUCGCCCAGCACGAGAGCUCCUACCGCACCGGCGUCGUUGGCCCGGCCAACUCCAAUGGAUCCAACGACUACGGCAUCUUCCAGAUCAACAACAAGUACUGGUGCAAGCCCGCCGACGGUCGCUUCUCCUACAACGAGUGCGGAUUGAGCUGUAAUGCCCUUCUGACCGACGACAUCACCAACUCCGUGAGAUGCGCCCAGAAGAUUCAGCGGCAGCAGGGAUGGACGGCUUGGUCCACCUGGAAGUACUGCAGCGGAUCCCUGCCCUCGAUCAACAGUUGCUUCUAGUCGGGAUUCACUGCUUGAUUCGCAGUUCGGCUACCAAAUCAAAGUAUUCUCCAAAGAAAUAUAUAAAGCUAUUUAAAUAUAA